AUGGACAUGAGGAACUGCUCGGUGGUGACUGAGUUCAUCCUUCUGGGAAUCCCACACACGGAGGGCCUGGAGACUAUGCUUUUUGUGUUAUUCCUGCCUUUCUAUGCCUGCACCCUAGUGGGAAAUGUGUCUAUCCUUGUGGCUGUUAUUUCCUCCACCCGCCUUCACACACCCAUGUAUUUUUUCCUGGGGAACUUGUCCAUUUUUGACAUGGGGUUCUCUUCUGUGACCUGUCCAAAAAUGCUACUCUACCUUAUGGGACUUAGCCGGCUCAUCUCCUACCAAGACUGUGUCUCCCAGCUCUUUUUCUUUCAUUUUCUUGGGAGCAUUGAAUGCUUCCUGUAUACUGUGAUGGCCUAUGACCGCUUUGCUGCCAUCUGUCACCCUCUCCGCUACUCAGUCAUCAUGAACUCUAGGAUCUGCGUGGCUCUAGCUGUGGGUACAUGGCUGUUAGGAUGCCUCCAUUCCAGUAUCCUGACUUCCCUCACCUUCACUUUGCCUUACUGUGGACCCAACAAAGUAGAUUACUUCUUCUGUGAUAUACCAGCAGUCUUGCCACUGGCCUCUGCUGAUACAUCCUUAGCAAAGAGAGUGAGCUUCACUAACGUUGGUCUAGUAUCCCUUGUUUGCUUUCUCCUGAUUCUUGUGUCCUAUACUCGAAUUGCAAUCUCCAUUUUGAGUAUUCAUUCAGCUGAGGGACGUCAGCGUGCCUUUUCCACCUGCAGUGCCCAUCUUAUUGCUAUCCUUUGUGCCUAUGGACCCAUCAUCACUGUGUACCUGCAGCCCACACCUAACCCCAUGCUGGGAACUGUGGUUCAAAUUCUGAUGAAUCUGGUAGGACCAAUGCUAAAUCCUUUGAUCUAUACUUUGAGAAAUAAGGAAGUAAAGAUAGCUCUGAAAAAAGUGGUACAUGGGAAGGGACCUUUUUCUGAGGAUUAG